AAAAAGGUUUAGGAGACAGAAAGUGAUAUGAUCUGCAGCUUCGUGGGUGUGAUUUAACCGGAAGCCAUGGCUUAAUUCCUCAGAAAUUCAGAAACCCAGAGAGGGGAAGGGGAGUGAGAAAUGGUUGCAAUUUCCUUAUACAAAGGUAACCUGCACAAAGUCGCCACUGACGUUCCCCGUCGAUGGCUCAUUCCCACCCCCAAGAUCUCCCUCAAGGACUUCCGGCAACUCCUCCGCCGCCGGGCCAAAGCUCUCUCGCGCCUCCAAUCCACCUCUGAAGUCGACACCACUGCUGUUCCUUUCACCUCCAACCCUAACCCUAACCCUAUCGCCGCGGAUAACCCCUUUUCCGAAGUCGAGCCUCAGAUUGUUCCUCUUCCAGUGGAGGAGCCUCCGAAGGAUGAGAAGGUAAAGGAGGAGGAGCAGCAGGAGGAGGAGGCUGAGGUUGAAGGUGACAAAGCGACGGUAGCCAAAGCAACUGAUGGUGUGGAGGUUUCGGAGAAAUUAGUUGAGGGAUCUGAUGUGGUUCUUGAAACGAAGGUUGAUGUUUUACGGGUGGAGAAAUCAGACACUCCGGUAAAUCCCAGUGUCCAAACAAGCAACAAAGAGGAUGCACCGAGUGAGAAAGAAAAACGGAAAAAGGAAGUUGAGGAGAAAUUGGAAGUUCUAAAUGCAAAGAAGCACAAUUUGGUGCAGUUGCUGAAGCAGAUCCUCAGUGCUGAAGAGGAACUGAAGGGCAGGAAUAGUAUGCAAGGGGUGAAUGGUCGGCCACCAAUCCCUCUUCAAGUUGAUAUUUCAAAUGACACUGGAUCAAUGACUAGACUUAACACACCUAGAAUUGGGUCAGAUGGACUCAGCACUGAAGUUGAAGGAGGCGAAGGUGAUGAUGUUUCCAACCAGAAUGUGCAUUCCCGCAACUUGCUUCGUAUGAACAGCACAUCACCAACUCCAGACUCUCAACAUAGGAAACCUGUGCAUAAUACAGUCCCAUUCUCUUCACGAACUACUUUGGGGGUAACAGGUAGCCCAUCACGUUUUGCAUGCACUGUGCAACAAGGACUCCCUUCAAAUCCACCCGCAGUUUCCACAUCAGGGACAAAUUAUGUUGCCUCCACUCCCUCUCCAGCUGCAUCAGGCGGCGGUACACCAGCAUUUAGAGAUGCCCAGCUCCCCAGUCCGUGGAAUUAGGACGUAGGAGGGAUGCCUCUAAGCUGCUGCUUGUUUUGAAGGUAUCUAUUUCACUUGGCCAUCAUUACAAAACCGAGUGCUUUAAGAUCCCAAUGCGCCAGACAGACAUGUUGUAACUAAGCUGUAACCUGAAUUAGUUGGGAUGUCUGUAACCUGAAUUAGUUGAUCCCAUUCCCAACGGGACAGACUUGUUGUAAGUAAGCUGUAGCAUAAAAUAGUGUUUUAAAUCAAUAUAGAAGGAAAUGCAAAAUCAUUAUAUCUCACUAUUAGUCAUAUGUUGUAAGUUGUAGCAGUGAGUUUGCUUUGUAUCUGUAUGUUGCUUUAAUUUCAUAGCUUAUUAUUUCGUUCAUUAAAUCAUUGAUUUGGUUCCAUUA